UGUUUUCUAUAUAUCUGUUGUAUUUUUAUUAAAAUAUGUAUUCUGUAUUGCACAUCGAUUAGAUAUCUUGCAACUCGACCCUCACUGAGACACACCCUGCUCGCUCCUCUGUGCAUCAGAACAGGCACAGCUGUCGGCUUUGUGUUACUUGUUUUCUCCCAUAACAAGAUUACGCCUUCACAACACUACUGGUGACUCCCACAUCAGAUCAAGCCGCACACUUCGCCGUCGAAAUGGCGUCCAGACGAGUUGACGACCCCAGGAACUCAUAUGAUGCAUGCAGGAAACACCAGCCUACAAUGGGAAACCUCUGGACUGACUCGCACCUUUCCUUUCUUCGGAACAACGUGACUCGUAACUUGAAUGUGAUUGGUGGACGCCUUUCAGCCCGUGGUGAAUUGAUUUAAUUAAGGGUCAAGUCAGCAUGGGCAUAUUACCAUUGACCUUCACAGGAGAGUGAAGUCUGUAUUCUCUCUAUAUAGUAAUAAAUGGCCAAACUUCAAGACAUGAUUCAUUCGCGCCAUAUCCCCAUCCUGUAGGAGCCAAGAUUGGAGGACAACGUACCAACCCGGUACAUAAGUGGUAGCAGGAGCAGCAGCAGCAGCAACAACAACAACAACAACAACAACAGCAGCAGGAGUCUAGGCAAGACCGCCACGACAUUUAGCGAGCAUCGUAUAGACUGACGCCUCCAGGAUCCGCGGCAUAGGAUUUGCUUUAUUACAGAAGCGCGGCAAAGAUUAGCGUGUGUUUGAAUGUGGAAGCCGUUAUGCAGUUCUGUUUGGGUAUUGCCGAAAAUGCGAUAUAUUUUGGUCGGCCUACCUUGAAGUGAUCAUCGACCUUUAGUGCUAAUAAUAUAUCAUAAAUCUCUUACAAAAACAGAAAAGCCCAGACUUCAACGAAUGAAAGAGUACCUAAUUCUUUAUACCUUCGACGUUUUGUGACCCAUCAAAUACCGGACGCGCCGUCCAGGCCACGCAUCUGUGAGGCUUCGAGAACAUAGGCGUCACCGCUCUGCAUGCUGCCACAUCAGCUGCUAAAGAUAGUACUCGCCUUGCUGCCAUUGUUAAUGUAAGUGUUGAGAAAAUCUGCUAGGUUGCAGUCCAAGACGUUGCCUGUAUCAACCUCAAGAACAUUGCCAAGAAGGAAUUCCUGAACGCCUACACCAGCUUCAUCACACCGUCUGUCCACAUAAGUGGGGCUCCUCCGAUCACAAUCUCAUAUCUUUAUCUUGUCCUAUCUCUCCAAUCCCUCCUCAGGAUCCCCCUAAGCGAAGGUGCCUCUGGCGUUUUCCCUCUGCUAGUUGGGGGGACCUGAGGAGGUAUUUUGCUGAUUUUCCUUGGAAUGACUACUGCUUCCGUGUCAGAGACCCGUCUUUGUGUGCUGAGCGCAUAACAGAGGUGAUAGUGUCUGGCAUGGAGGCGUACAUUCCUCACUCUUUUUCUCGUCCUAAACCUUCUAAACCUUGGUUUAACACAGCUUGUUCUCGUGCUAUACAUGAUAGAGAAGUGGCCCACAAAGGGUACUUAAGCCUUCCAUCAUCAGAAUCUCAUGCACUUUAUAUUUCUGCCCGGAACCAUACCAAGUCUGUUCUCCAACUAGCCAAAAACUCCUUCAUUAUCAGAAAAUGUCAAAACCUUUCAAGAUCUAACUCCCCUCGUGAUUUCUGGCAUCUAGCCAAAAAUAUCUCCAAUAACUUUGCUUCUUCUUCUUUCCCUCCUCUAUUUCAACCAGAUGGCACCACUGCUAUCACAUCUAUUUCUAAAGCUGAACUCUUCGCUCAAACUUUUGCUAAAAACUCUACCUUAGACGAUUCUGGGCUUGUUCCUCCCUCUCCUCCACCCUCUGACUACUUCAUGCCACGUAUCAAAAUUCUUCGCAAUGAUGUUUUCCAUGCCCUCGCUGGCUUAAACCCUCGGAAGGCUUAUGGACCUGAUGGGGUCCCUCCUAUUGUUCUCCGAAACUGUGCCUCCUUGCUUGCACUUUGCCUAGUCAAACUCUUUCAGCUCUGUCAGUCAACAUCAACCUCUCCUUCUUGCUGGAAGUUUGCCUACAUUCAACCUGUUCCUAAAAAGGGUGACCGUUCUAAUCCCUCAAGCUACCGUCCUAUUGCUUUAAUUUCCUGCCUAUCUAAAGUUUUUGAAUCUAUCCUCAACAGGAAGAUUCUUAAACAUCUAUCACUUCACAACCUUGUAUCUGAUCGCCAGUAUGGGUUCCGUCAAGGCCGCUCUACUGGUGAUCUUCUGGCUUUCCUUACUGAGUCUUGGUCAUCCAUCCUCUUUUAGAGAUUUUGGUGAAACUUUUGCUGUUGCCUUGGACAUAUCAAAAGUUUUUGAUAGAGUCUGGCACAAAGCUUUGAUUUCCAAACUACCCUCCUACGGUUUCUACCCUUCUCUCUGUAACUUCAUCUCAAGUUUCCUUUCUGACCGUUCUAUUGCUGCUGUGGUAGACGGUAACUGUUCUUCUCCUAAAUCUAUUAACAGUGGUGUUCCUCAUGGUUCUCUUAUUAUUCACUAAUGAUCUUCUAAACUAAACUUCUUGUCCUAUCCACUCCUACGCUGAUGAUACCACCCUGUACUUUUUCACGUCUUUUCAUAGACGUCCAACCCUUCAGGAGGUAAACAUAUCACGCAGGGAAGCCACAAAACGCUUGACCUCUGAUCUUUCUAAAAUUUCUGAUUGGGGCAGAGCAAACUUGGUAUUGUUCAAUGCCUCAAAAACUCAAUUUCUCCAUCUGUCAACUCGACACAACCUUCCAGACAACUAUCCCCGCUUCUUCAAUGACACUCAACUGUCCCCCUCUUCUACACUGAACACCCUCGGUCUGUCCUUUACUUAUAAUAUGAACUGGAAACUUUACAUCUCUUCUCUAGCUAAAACAGCUUCUAUGAAGUUAGGUGUUCUGAGACGUCUCCGCCAGUUUUUCUCACCCCCCCAGUUGCCAACUCUGUACAAGAGCCUUAUCCGUCCAUGUAUGGAGUAUGCUUCACAUGUCUGAGGGGGGUUCCACUCAUACUGCUCUUCUAGACUGGGUGGAAUCAAAAGCUUUUCGUCUCAUCAACUCCUCUCCUCUAACUGACUGUCUUCAGUCUCUCUCUCUCACCGACGCAAAGUUGCAUAUCUAGCUGUCUUCUAUCGCUAUUUUCAUGCUAACUGCUCUUCUGAUCUUGCUAACUGCAUGCCUCCCCUCCUUCCGCGGCCUCGCUGCACAAGACUUUCUUCUUUCUCUCACCCCUAUUCUGUCCACCUCUCUAACGCAAGAGUUAACCAGUAUUCUCUAAUCAUUCAUCCCUUUCUCUGAUAAACUCUGGAACUCCCUGCCUGCUUCUGUAUUUCCACCUUCCUAUGACUUGAAUUCCUUCAAGAGGGAGGUUUCAAGACACUUAUUCAUCAAUUUUUGACCAUUGCUUCGACCCUUUUAUGGGACUGGCAUUUCAGUGGGCAUAUUUUUUUAUUGGAUUUUUUUGGCCUUGGCCAGUGUCCUUCCUACAUAAAAAAAAAAAAAAAACAUUGGCAGACGGAGAUGUGAGCACACCAGACUAUGUCCCUGCCUGGCAUUGAGAACGAUAUAAUCAACACUGAUUGCAUCUGCUCCCAAAUUAUGUUACUCUACCGUAUAUGCGACUUUUAAGUGGCAGGACCGAUCUACUUGGCGUACGCAGACCGCCUGUCCGAGUGGUUAAAUGUUGUUGGGUGUCCCUGACAGAUUCGGUUGAUCAUCUAACGCGGGAUCUGCGCACAAAUUCGGCAUGACUAGCGUACCUACGGACUUGAUGGGAGGCAGCAGUUUGUAUCAAUACUGCGGUUCUUGGAGCACUGGGGGGAUCUGCCAUGAUAUGUCAUACCCCACGAACCCAAGGGGUAAUAGCUAUACCGAAACACCUGUUAAAGAAAUAAAGAAGCUCAUCCAGAAAUUGAUUACCAUUGAGCUACUGGAUGGCGCCUUCGAGAGAGGGAUACUGAAAGAUGUUUUCAUGCCCUCGCUGACCUUAACCCUAAUCUUGCUAUAGACCUGAUGGGAUCCCACCUAAUGUUCUCUAAAAUUGUGCCUCUGUAUCUGCCUCUUGCCUAUUCAAGCUACAAGCUCUGUCUGUCAGCAUUUACUUUUCUUCCUGGUGGAAAUUUACCAACAUUCAGCCUUUUCCUAAUAACAGUGACUGUUCUAACCCCUCAAACUACAUACUCAAGUUUCCUGUCUUUCCUAAUUUUAUAUUCUAUCCUCAACAAGAAAAUUUUCAAACACCUGUCACUUAAACAACCUUAUAAUGUAAUCAUUAGUAUAGGUUUCGUAGUGACCGCUCUACUGGUGAUCUGAAAUUCCUUACUGAGUAUUAGUCAUCCUCAUUCAGGGAUUUCGGUGAAAGUGUGACUGUUACUUUAGAUAUGAAAAAAAAAAAAACAUUUGAUAGAAUCUGUCAGAAAGCUUUAAUUUUCAGACUAUCCUCCUACAUCUAAAAUUUCCUUUCUGACCGUUGUAUUGUUGCUGUUAUAGAUGGUCAUUGUUUUUCUCCUACGUCUAUGAACAGUAGUGUUCCUCAGGGGCCUGCCUUGUUACCCAUCUUUUAUUUUUUUAACAAUUGUUGUCUUAUUGUCGUAUCUCCUCCUAUGCUAAUUAUUCGACUCUGCACCUUUCCAUGCCUUUUCAUAGACGUUCAGAAGAUCCACAGAACGGAAAUCAAAACAUAACAAACAGAGCUCGAGACAACAAAUAAGAAAUUCUCAGCUUAGCAACUGGAAAACUUUCAGACUGCAUUCAUGUUCAGGUGAAGAGAGCUGAGGUGAGGGGAAAUUACCCUUCGGAAACAGUCUCCAGAUUCUAGAUCACCACAAGUCGUUAGAAAGAGCAGUGCAUAAAAUUUAAGUAAUGCGUUUACUGUCAUAGGAGAUACCAUUCAGUUGAAAACUGUCAAGAGGAUUGUAGAUCAACUUCAUCACAUGUCUCUGGAUGCCGUGAGACUAACACAACACUAAGCAAAUUCAGGACAGUUCUACCUCCCGGUACAGUACACAGAACCGAUGGACUAUUUCGCUGCUUCUCACCAUGUAUUUCAAAAACCAACCCAAUUGUCAACGAAGAUUAGGGACCUCUACAUCAAUGCUGGGGAAUUAGCACACCAGUUCAUCAUAGCUACAGAGUCACUCUCAAACUAAAUUUAUCUAUGCUAUAUACCUCUCACCUAACUCCUCCGACUAUAAGGAAUUCUUUGACUACUUAACUUCCAAAGUGGAACACAUUCUGACUCGCUUCCCUUUUGCGGAGAUUUCCAUUCUUGGAGACUUCAAUGUUUAUCACCAGCUUUGGCUUUCCUCUCUCUCCACUGACAGUCCUGGUGAACUAGCCUUCAACUUUGCUAUUCUCCAUGACCUAGAGCAAUUGGUGUAGCACCCUACUCGUAUUCCUGACCGUCUUGGAGAUACGCCCAACAUUCUUGACCUAAUCAUUCUGCUUAUGCUGUUACACUCUCUUCUCCGUUGGGCUCCUCCGAUCACAAUCUCAUAUCUGUAUCUUGUCCUAUCGCUCCAAUCCCUCUUCAGGAUCCCCCUAAACGGAGGUGCCUCUGGCGUUUUGCCUCUGCUAGUUGGGGGACACAAGGAGGUAUUUUGCUGAUUUUUCUUGGAAUGACUAUUGCUUCCGUGACAGAGUCUGCGUGCCGAGCGCAUAACAGAGAUAAUAGUGUCUGGCAUGGAGGCGUACAUUCCUCACUCACUUGCAAACCUUGGUUUAACACAGCUUGUUCUCGUGCUAUACAUGACAGAGAGGUGGCCCACAAAAGGUACUUGAGCCUUCCAUCACCAGAAACUCAUGCACUUAAUAUUUCGCCCGGAACCAUGCCAAGUCUGUUCUCCAACUAGCCAAAAAUUCCUUCAUUAAUAGAAAGUGUCAAAAUCUUUCAAAAUCUAACUCCCCUCUUGACUUCCGGCACCUAGCCAAAUGCAUCUCCAAUAAUUUUGCUUGUUCUUCUUUCCCUCCUUUUAUUUCAAUUAGAUGGCACCACUGCUAUCAUAUCUAUUUCUAAAGCUGAACUCUUCACUCAGACCUUGGCUGAAAACUCUACCUUGGACGAUUCAGGGCUUGUUCCUCCCUCUCCACCACCCUCUGACUACUUCAUGCUACCUAUUAAAAUUCUUCGCAGUCAUGUUUUCCAUGCCCUCGCUGGCCUAAACCCUCGGAAGGCUUAUGGACCUGAUGGGGUCCUUCCUGUUGUUCUCCGAAACUGUGCCUCCGUGCUUGCACGUUGCCUAGUCAAGCUCUUUCAUCUCUGUCUGUCAACAUCUGCCUUUCCUUCUUGCUGGAAGUAUGCCUACAUUCAACCUGUUCCUAAAAAGGGUGACCGUUUUAAUCCCUCAAACUACCGUCCUACAGCUUCUAUCCUUCUCUCUGUAAUUUCAUCGCAAGUUUCCUUUCGAACCGUUCUGUUGCUGCUGUGCUGGACGGUCACUGUUCACUUCCUUAAUCUAUUAACGGUGGUGUUCCUCAGGGUUCUGUCCUGUCACCCACUCUCUUCCUAUUAUUCAUCAAUGAUCUUCUAAACCAAACUUUUUGUUUUAUCCACUCAUACGCUCAUGAUACCAUCCGGCAAUUUUCCCCGUCUUUUCAUAGACGUCCAACCCUUCAGGAAGUAAACAGUUCGCCCAGGGAAGCCACAGAACGCUUGAUGUCUGAUCUCACUAUAAUUUCUGACUGGGGAAGAGCAAACUUAGUAUAGUUCAAUACCUCAAAAACUCAAUUCCUCCAUCUAUUAGUUCGACACAACCUUCCUGACAACUAUUCCCUCUUCUUCAAUGGUUCCUCUUCUUCAGGGUUCCUAGUGAACGGACGUGUUUAGUGAGCAGUGAUCUGAUGCUAAUAUAGCUGGCUAGUGUAGACAUGGCGUCUUGUGUUGCUGAGUCGUCUGGUUGUGUUAGUUCUCCUGUUUUCGAGGCCUUCGUUGCGAAGGUCUCAGAGGUGGAGGAUGAGUUCCAUCGAAGGAUCUCGGAGGUGCAGGCUGAGUUUCGUGAGAGGAUCUCAGACCUGCAGGCUGAGUUCUGUAAGAGGAUCUCAGCACCUGUGGGAGGGUCGUGCCCCACCGUCACCUUACCUAGUAAGGCGACGGAGGAGCAGUGGUCGAUUGUGUGCAGGGGAGCCAAGAGGCUGAAGGUCCUCAGGGCGCCUUGCGUGGAGACGAAGAAUCCCUUCAGUGUGCUGGAGUAAGGGAAGGAGAUGGAGGUGGACAGGGCGGGAGGAGACAAGGAGGGUGCAGACGCAGUUACCCUGCCCCAAGGUAGAGUGCUUGUGUUUGGUGAUAGUCAGGUUAGGCACUUAGUGCGUUCUGUGCUAGGGACAGGAAGCGUAGGUCGGGAGUGUGUUUGCCGGGGGCCGGGAUACGGAAGGUAGCUGAUAGGCUAGACACGUGCUUGGAAAAAGAUGGGACCAAGCCCACUGUUUAUUUCUCAGCGCGAGAGGGAAUGACCUUGGUAAGAUCAGGAAUGAGGGACUUUUCGGGAGGUUUCGAUAGGCUUUGGACAGGAUUAGGGACAAGGGAGGGAUCCCUGUGGUGUGUGGUGUCUUGCCGAGGAGGGGAGUUGGUGAUGAAUGGCUGUCCAGGGCUAUUACAGUGAGUAGCAGGCUUGUGAAUCAUUGUAAGAGUAAUGGAUGGACGUUCAUCGACAACUGGGACCUUUUCUAUGGUAGGGAUACCUUGUACGUCAGGGAUGGAGUGCAUUUAUCCGUGAUAAAUGCACUCCAUCCAGGGUGUUCGUGUUUUGGCGGAAACACUCGAGCGAGAGGUAACUGCACUCCAGCGUUUUUUUCGUUAGUCGGGAGGGAAGAAGGGGUUAUGAGGUGAAAACGAAGGACAAAUUAGUUAAAUCUAGAAAGGUAACUAGCUCAGGGAAGGUGAGAAAUAGCUGAAGUGUUUACUACACAAACUGUAGAAGUAUUUUGAAUAAAAUAGACUUGCCUAGAGGAAUAGCGUGUGUAGAGAAAUUUGAUAUCAUUGCUUUAACUGAAACUUGGUUAGAUAUGUAAGGAAAAGUAUUUAAUCCGGAGGUUAAGAUAGAGGGUUAUACAAUGUUCUAUAAAGACAGGGAAAACAGGAGAGGAGGAGGCGUCGCGUUAUACGUUAGGGACACAUUACAGGGUUGUAUUAACAUUAGAAUCAAAACAGAUAGCAAAACAGAAUCGAUAUGGGUAGAUAUUAAGGAAGGAUCGCAGUCAGUAUUACUGGGAGUAGUGUACAGACCACCGACCAGUACAAAGGAAAUUAACACCUCACUGUGGCAGGAAAUAAAUAGAGCAGGCAGGUACAGUCAGGUAUGUGUGGUAGGAGAUUUUAAUUUUAGGAAUAUCGACCGGAGCCUGAUGGUGGGUACAAGGAAGCAGAGGAAUUUCUUAAGGUAAUUCAGGAUAAUUUUUUAAAACAGGUAGUCGUAGAACCCAUAAGGGGGAAUAAUAUUCUAGAUUUAAUUCUUACUAACAGGGAGGAAGCAGUCACGCAGGUAGAGGUUGGAGGACAGCUUGGUAACAGUGACCAUAAGGAAAUUAGGUACAAUUUAAAAUGGGAAGAAACUUUUAGAAGCAAAAACACUAGUAAAAUACCUGGCUUUAGGAGAACAGAUUUUGAGGAAUUAAAAAAGUAUCUCCAAGGAGUUGACUGGCAACGGAUGCAGGAUGAGAUCAGGUCCGGAAGGGAGUUGGGAGAGAUAAGGCAGGAUGAGAGAGGUGAGGUGUGGCGUGAGGGUGUAGGACAAGAUGAGGGAAGAUGUGUCCGGAGGGAGCGGAGGAGAGAUGGAGGGGGAGAUAUGUGUGAGUAUGUUGGAAGGUCAGGUCAUGCUGAAAUGAGAGAGGUGAGGUCGAGGCGAUUAGAUGAGGGAGUGGAGAGAAUAGAAGGGACCGAGAUGAAGGGAUUAGGUGAAGUAAAUGUAGAUGAGUUGUAUAAAUAUUUCGUAAAAUUCAUACAGGUCAGUAAGCAAAUAUCCCUUAUAGGGCAAUAAGAUCACAGAAAAAUUAUCCUAAAUGGAUGAUUGCUAGGUUAAAACAUUAUAUCAGGCGGAAGAGAAGUAUAUAUAAGAGAUUAAGGGCAGGUGAAGAAGUUUUAAAAUCACAAUAUAGUGAAUAAGUUAGAACAGUCUGGAGGUUAACGAGGAAAGCUAAGGGCAAUUAUGAAUUAAAGGUAGCCAGCCAGGCGAAGACGGAUCCCAGGGGAUUUUAUCAGGUAUACAGGACGAAGAAUAAGGAUACUGUAGGUCCAUUAAAGGCUGCAGAUGGGGAGCUUGUUAGUUCUGGGGAGGAGAUUAGUAAAAUUCUGAAUGAGUAUUUUUAACUGUCUUCAUCCAGGAAAACACGCAGGAUAUGCCAGAUAGUGAACAGGUGUUUAGAGCAGAUGAAAAUGAAAAGCUGACAUAUUUCCAUAACUAAGGAGAUAGUGGAACAGGAGAUAGUUAGGCAAAAAAAGUUCAAGACACUAGGACCAGAUGAAAUAUAUACCAGAAUACUUAAGGAAUGCAAAGAGGUCUUUAGGAAAUCACUUGAGUCAGGUGAGGUAUCAGUAAUGUGGAGGCAGCCUAACGUAGUACCCAUCUUUAAGAAAGGAGAUAAAACUUCAGCGUCUAACUAUAGACCUGUCAGCUUAACUUCAGCUGUAGGUAAAAUAUUAGAGUCAACAAUAGCGAGGAACAUUAGGGAACAUUUAGACAAACAUAACUUGAUAAGUCAGUCACAGCAUGGCUUCACGAAAGGGAAGCCUUGCCUGACAAACUUGUUAAGUUUUUACAGUAAAGUAUACGAGGUGAUAGUUAUGAUAUCUUAUAUCUGGACUUAAGUAAAGCAUUUGACAAGGUACCCCAUCAAAGGCUCCUGAGAAAGGUUAGGGCACACGGGAUAGAUGGGAAGGUGUUAGGCUGGAUAGGGUCAUGGCUUAGCGACAGGCAACAAAGGGUUUUAAUAAACGGCUCGAAAUCCGAGUGGGGACAUGUAAUUAGUGGGGUGCCACAGGGAUCAGUAUUAGGACCAUUGUUAUUUCUAAUAUAUAUUAAUGACCUGGAUAGUGGAAUUAGUAGUGAUGUUAGUAAAUUUGCGGAUGACACAAAGAUAGGUACAUUAAUUAGGUCAGAAUCGGAUGCCAUCGCCUUGCAGGCAGAUUUAUAUAGGAUGAAUGAAUGGACGGACAGAUGGCAAGUGCAAUUUAAUAUCAACAAAUCCAAAGUACUUAGCGUAGGUAGAGGAAACCCUCACAGUAGGUACAUAUUAAACAACGAAACGAAACUCGGGUAGGUACAGGGUACGAGAAAAAUUUAGGAGUUAUAGUUAGCUCUGAACUCCGUCUAGGAAAUCAAUGCAUAGAGGCCAGAAACAGGGCAAAUAGGGUACUAGGAUUAAUUUUUAGGAGUGUUAAAAGUAGAAGGCCGGAAGUAAUAUUAAAGUUAUACUUAGCGUUGGUCAGACCUCAUCUAGACCAUGCUGUGCAGUUCUGGUCCCCAUUACAGGAAAGAUUUAGGUCUAUUAGAAUCAGUAUAGAGGAGAAUGACUAAAAGGAUACAGGCGAUGAGGAGUAUUCCUUACGAGGCGAGAUUGAAACUGUUAAAAUUACAUUCUUUAGAGAGACGUAGGUUAGGAGGGGACCUGAUAGAAGUCUUUAAGUGGUAUAAGGGUUAUAACAAGGGAGAUGUAAGCAAAAUUCUUAGGAUCAGCAACCAGGAUAGAACAAGAAAUAACGGGUUCAAGCUUGAAAAAUUUAGGUUUAGGAAGGAGAUAGGAAGAAAUUGGUUCUCAAAUAGAGUGGUAGAUGAGUGGAACGGACUCAGUAAUCAUGUUGUUAGAGUUGUUAGGGAUCUUUAAGACAUCACUAGACGGGUUUAUGGAUGGGGAUAAUAGAUGGAAAUAGGUAGGUAUAUUUCAUACAGGGGCUGCCACGUGUAAGCCUGGUCGCUUCUUGCAGCUUCCCUUAUUUUUUAUGUUCUUAUGUUCUUAACUGACUGUCUUCAGCCUCUUUCUCAUCGCCGCAAUGUUGCACCUCUAGUUAUCCUCUACCGCUAUUUUCAUGCUAACUGCUCUUCUUAUCUUGCUAACUGCAUGUCUCCCCUCCUCCCACAGCCUCAUAAGAACAUAAGAACAUACACGUACAUACAAGAACAUUACAUGUAGCAGUCUAAUCCGUCUAAUCUUCUCUUAAAACUUCCUGAUGUCUUAGCACUAACAAUUUGAUUACUGAGUCCAUUCUAUUUAUCUGCCACUGUGUUUGAGAACCAAUCCCUUCCUAUCUUUUUUUAAACUUAAACUUUUCAAGCUUGAACCCAUUAUUUCUUGUACUAUCCUGGUUACUGAUCAUAAGAAUUUUGCUUAUAUCCCCAUUCUUAUAACCCUUAUACCACUUAAAGACUUCUAUUAGGUCCCCUCUUAUCCAACGUCUCGCAAAAGAAUGUAAAUUUAACAGCUUCAAUCUCGCCUCGUAAGGAAUACCUCUCAUCCCCUAUAUCCUUUUAGUUAUUCUCUUUUGUACUGAUUCUAGUUGAACUAUAUCCCUUCUGUAAUAUGGGGACUGCACAGAGUAGUCUUGAUGAGGUCUGACCAGCGACAAAUAUAACUUUAAUAUUACUUUGGGCCUUCUACUUUUAACACUCCUAAAAAAUUAAUCCUAAACCCUAUUUGACCUGUUUCUGGCCUCUAUGCAUUGCUUUUUUAGACGGAGUUCAGAGCUAACUAUAACUCCUAAAUCUUUUUCGUACCCUGAACCUACCAGAGCUUCGUUGUUUACUGUGUAUCUACUGUGUGGGUUUUUCUAUACCUACGCUAAGUACUUUGCAUUUGUUGAUAUUAAAUUGCAUUUGCCAUCUGUCUGUCUAUUCGUUCAUCCUAUUUAAAUUUGCCUGCAAGGCGAUGGCAUCCGAUUCUGACCUAAUUAAUCUACUUAUCUUUGUGUCAUCCGCAAAUUUACUAACAUCACAACUAAUUCCACAAUCCAAGUCAUUGAUAUAUAUUAAAAACAACAGUGGCCCUAAUACUGAUCUUUGUGGCACCCCACUAAUUACAAGACCCCACUCGGAUUUAGAGCCGUUUAUUACAACUCUCUGUCACCUGUCGCUUUGUCGUGACCUUAUCCAGCCUCGCUGCACAAGACUUUCUUCAUUCUCUCACCUCUAUUCUGUCCACCUUUGUAAUGCAAAAGAUAACGAGUAUUUUAUAUCAUUCAUCCCUUUCCAUAGUAAACUCUGGAACUCCUUGCCUGCUUCUGUAUUUUCAUCUUCCUAUGACCUGAACUCCUUCAAGAGGGAGAUUUCAAGACACUUAUCCUUCAAUUGUUUACUCCUUUUUCGCACCAUAUUCGGGGACCGGCAUCUCAGUGUUUUUUUUUUCUUUUUUUUUUCUUUUUUUUUUCUUUCCCUUGGCCGGUAUCGUUCCUACAGGAAAAAAAAAAUAAUAAAAAAAUAAUUAAAUAAAAAUGAAUAUUAUAUUCGUCGAGGAAACAUUUCUUGAUAACAUCCUUUCACUAAUAUAUGAAAAAAUUUCCGGAUAUGCUGCAUGGCAAAGAGAAAAGUCACACUCAAGCGUUUUGUUACAGUUUUGAUCUCCCCUCGAAGUUAUUGGCAUUCCUACACAGGAAAAGCAGGCAGUAAUAAUAAUGAAAUAAGUAGGAAUAUUGUACCGUAGGUGUUACCACCCAUCUUCACGCGGAGCACUGUUACUAGGAUUUCUCAUGAACAGACAAAAUUAUUCAAUAAACUUAAAUAACUGUUAACAUAUACUGAUAUGUGGCCAUUGACGAUCUCUUGGCAAUUAUAUGUCAACUUUUUGACACAUUCAUCUGGCUCGUCCUUAGAUCAUGCUGUCACUGACGUGCCGUCCCACAUCGUAAGUCGUUGUCCUUUUGGUAUUCUCGGCACAUCAGAUCACAAGACGGUCUUGACUAGGGUAAAAAAUACUGAAAGCCAAAACCUACGCAAAGAAACGAAUGAUGUGACUUUGGGAAACUGCGAACUGGAGAGGACUGAAUACAGACUGGAAGAAAAUACUUAAAGGCAAUAUUCAUAAUCAGUGUAACAACUUCACUGAACACGUGUUAACACUGCAAAACCAUUUUCUGUCCCACAAACUUCAUUCGUAGAAACCAUCAUAUCAAUCAUGCCAUGGACUGCUGUCAAAUAUAAGGUAGCUUGUGACAAAAGUACAAAGCAUAGCAGGCAUACAAAAAAAGAAGCCCACAAAACUGAAUAAAUAUUUGCAUAAGCAAGCGACCCCACGAAUGCAGAAAAUACAAAAGUGAGCAAAAAACUAGAUGGGAACCUAACACUAAGAAAAAACUACGAACUGGUGAUGUGGGCAGGAGAAAAUCUGGAUCAUCUUCAAAGAAGGAUAACAACAGAGGUGAAACCAUACUUAUCUUGUUACAGCAAAAUGAAACAAUCAUAAACAUUAGCUCACCAGUUUCUCUAUACAAAAAAAAAAAAAAAAGUCAAACCCCAUCAGUAAUUUUCAUAAGUUCCAUUGAUGACCAAAAAGGAAACUGAUACCAUAACUGUAAAUAAAUUAUAUGUAAAAAAAAUUAAAAAAUGAAUGUGUAAACGAGAAAAAGGUUGUGGGGUCAGUUCAAGACUGUUGCGGUGUGGCACCAAGGAACCGGCAUAUUCCCAAUGCACGAACUUUAACAAAUCCCCAGAAGACCAAGAAUGGUCUAAGCAAUGGAAAGUCAGCAAUGUGGCACCAAUUGUACACAAACAAAGCAACAAAAGCUAUAUGAAAGAUUAUCCGUUAGUUUCUCUAAUUAAAAAAAUUUUGAUAAAAAUUACCGGAUCAUCUAGAAAAUAGCCAUCUCAUAUCUAUGAUACUAAAAGGACGUUCAGGGAAAGAGAACAGGCGUGCUGGCUCUGGUCACAGAGGGUGCCUUUGAUCAAAUCUGGCAUAGAGGACAAAAGUUAAAGAUAGAAGUGCUACAGGAAACUUGAAUAACUUGUUAACCGACUACUUCAAGGACCAAAAAUGAUCGUGUUGUUUUAAACGGAAAGGAAUCCCUAUUAUAUAACUUUUUUUUUCGAUCCAACUGAAGACAAAAACUCAAAAUCAGUUGGGUGCAUCCUAGUAAAUUUUCUGUACAGUCCACUCACAUACUAGAAUUUUAAAUCAGCCAACAUAUUUGAUUCACUUUUUUUUCUUCUUCUUCUUCUUUGGUAACCAUAUUAUAAUGAAUAAAAAUAUACGAAGCCGCAGUCAGAAAAUGACACUGUCGUCACCGAGCUGUUGCACGUUUCCUCUACCUACUGGAUAUAGAUACUCAAGUAAAUUUCUUAAUGUACUUAAUGAAUAAUAUUGAUACAUAAAACACAUGCUAUUCGUCACCAGCAAAAUAACAACCGUUAUACUUUUUUUUUUUCCCCAGUGAUAAUAAUUGCAAAAAAUCAAUCUGCAAUCAGCAUGAAAAAAUACUGUAAUCUUCAUAUAAAAAAUACAUCACGGUGUAAUUUAAAUCAUCAAAUAAUUCUUCGUUGUUUGUGCAGGAAAACAUGCAUAAUGUCUGCGCUACGGAGAUUUUCGCAAUUAACACUCAAUAAAGAAACACACAUGAAGUCGCGCCACAGGAAUUUACACCGACCACAUUCAGUUACAAAAACACAUAGUUAUAACAUUCGGGUCACAUUAAUUCAAUUAAAUUUCAAUAAGGAGAGACCGCAGAACAUAUACUUUCAUUCAGUACAAAAUAUAAACAACAUGUGCAUGUAUCACAAUAAUAAAUUUAACCAUUCAAUCAUUGUUCCUUCUGCUACCUAACCAUGAAAUAAUUGAUUUCAAGAUUCCAUCACAACUUAUAAGUUAAACUUCUUAUCCCCCACGGCCACCCUCAGGCCGGGCCUCUCAGAAUCUUUGGUUUCUCUCUCUUACUUUGCGCUCUCCUACUUCUGCAACCUCUGCUGCCGAUUUCUUCCUUAAUUACAUGACCUAAUGUUCUAGUUUCUGUUAUACUUUCCUCUCAAAAAGUUAUCUCCAGGUUAAGGUCAAAAUUCCCAUGCAUUUCUCAUACACACGUAUAAAGUUAUACAAUUCAUUCACAUAACCCGCCCACAGGCGUGGCGGUAUAUAUAACUUUACCCAAUGAAGAUAGCAGGGCGUAGUUUGGUGUAUGAGGUCAAAGUAAAAGGUGGGGUGAUGUAGGGGAGUGCAAGUUCCCAUAAGUCACCUCGCUUUUCUCCUCGUUCGCAGUGUCCCUCUUGGUGAUGUGCUUGCCAUCAAUGUUUGGUACUGCGUCAGCCGACAUCUUCAUCUCUGUCCGGCUCCACUCGCCCACGAUCACAGUCUACUUAAUGUUUAUAACUUUUUUUUUUUUUUUUCGUGUGGCUCAUGUCUGCUUGGGCUUCUUAUCCCUCCCCAUCAAGUGCUUCAAAACAAAAGCAGCUGCCCGGUUACUGCGUUUUCUGUCUUCUUUUAUUCCUUUUGCUCCUCCAUGUUUUCUUGAUUUCUUUAUUCUUCUUUUCUUGUCCCAUCUUCAUGUAAUGUAGGUUUACCACAUUGUUGCACCACGUAACUGAUACGAUAUGCGGAUACGCAAUAAGUGGAAAAUAUAAUCCUGUUGCGCCGUUACGUAUCAUUAAUUGUUACACAACGAUUAUACGAUACGUGGAUAUGCAGCGUGUACGCACUUUAAGAAACACAUCAAAAUAGUAGCAGGGAAUAUUAAUAAAUAACAUCCUUUAGGAAAAUCUCGUAGCUCUUAGACAAGUAUGAUUUUAUAUAAAUCACAAUUAUCUUGUCUGGCAUGGAAGGGAGCAGCGAGCAACCAUUUCUGCCUGCGGAAGGUGUACGUAAACUAUAGAGGAGAGCCACCACCAUGUGGAAUCUGGACAAUGCCCACAGACUACACAACAACAACGGUCGGACGGGCCCAUAUAGUGUCAAGACACACAUUGCUAACAUCGGAAACGCCGAGAAGUCACUUGCAUACGCAGACUGUUCCUUCAAAGAUAGAAGAAUGGCAACACGAGACUGUUCUGUGCGUGACUAUGAAAGUUUAUUAUUAAAGUUUCACACAAAGCUCUCUUCAAACACAGCAUCCUGAAAGUAUUCGCUAUGGUAAAGUACAGAAUGGCAAAAUGAGAAAAUAUUCUGACGUAAGGUGAGGCUAGCCUGGCCCUCGUGCUGAGACUAAUGACAUCAUUACUGAGGGACUUCAACAAUAAAGAUGUACAAUUUACGACUGAACAAAUAUCAUUUUCAUGUAAUCAUCGGUAGAGGCGAUAAUGGCCACGUAAUUAUAAUCAGAAACCAUUAAACCAACGCUUCGUGUGGCUUGUUAUAUCUUCCUUGUUUCUGGUACGUGUUACUAUUACUAUACACAUUUUGUGCCUACAGCAGCAUUCUGUAACGAUUCAUUAUUAUUCAGUUUGUUCCUCAGACAUACUGUUUUUCUUGCGGUGUACUUUACUAAAUAAAUCCCCAGUAGAUUCUGCUCUGCCGCUAAUAUGGCCGCCUCCAGCGGCUCUAACGAGUGUCGUCUGCUAUAAACCACCUCCGGACCUAGAUCACCCAGAUCAUGAUCCGAAUCACUCACAUUAGGGUAAAUCUAGAUCAAGAUAUAAAUGCUUGGAACACGAUCAGCGUGACCAGAUCAUUGACCUGAAAUGGAUCUCGGUAAACAGAAGACGCCUCUGAGACUGCCUGUCUAACAGGGUGGGUGCUCCACGUGAGCAAUGGGCACAGCACCGGCCGCGCGGCAGAAGCCUCGUUCCUAAGUCACUCACUACCAAAGGCACUCUCAAUUGAAAUAUUAAAAACUUUUAAUAAACCUGCAAGAACCAGUAAGAGAUAUGGAAAUAUGACAUAUAUUUCAAAUGCGAAGUCAGUGGCUCUUGCACAAUCAUUCAAUUUGUGAGUCAAUUUUCAUUUACAAAAUAUAUUUAAGCUUUAAGACUGGAAACACUGUAAAUAAUGAGAGAGAGAGAGAGAGAGAGAGAGAGAGAGAGAGAGAGAGAGAGAGAGAGAGAGAGAGAGAGAGAGAGAGAGAGAGAGAGAGAGAGAAUCAGUGAAGGAAUUAUGUAAGAUUGCUACUUUUACUUGCAGUACUUUCCCUUACUGAGGCAAACAGACUGACUUAUCAUCACCAUCAUGGCAAGCGGCGGUACAGUACCACAGAAGUCUUUCAAUCAGAAUCUGACAGUAAUUUCAAAUAAUCGCAGCCUAACAGACCGCCAGUGCCCACGGAUGAUGUGCUAAAUAGUCUUUCAUCUAUUUACACUUGCAUGGUCAUUUAAAAGUUGGUAAAUGAGUAACAUAAUCGAUUUCUUCACUCUUUGGCUUAAUGUUGCAUAUAGGGGCUAUGUAUCAUCAUUAUUUUUAUAAAUAUGUUUUGUUAGUAUUAUGUACAUUUCAUUUAUUUAUUUAUUUACUUUAUUAUUAUUAUUAUUAUUAUUAUUAUUAUUAUUAUUAUUAUUAUUAUUAUUAUUGUUAUAAUUACUAUUAUUAUCAUUAUUAUUAUUAUUAUUAUUAUUAUUAUUAUUAUUAUUAUUAUUAUUAUUAUUAUUAUCUUCUGUUUGCAUUUCUUAUAUCAUCUAAUUGAGUGAGUAUUCAUUACAUUUCAUUUCCUUUUCAUCAUAUUGGUAAUCCAGAAUAAUCAAUUUUUCUUCCUUCACACACACACACACACACACACACACACACUCAUA